AUGGUACACCAUGCCCUACUUAUGUGCUUGAAGAAACAAUGGGGUUACAAAACAGCACCCUUUAUACUUGUCAAUCUGGUCAACCAAGCAGCCUGGAUGGUCACAAAAUGUCUUGAUAAGGAUGUAUUUCCCACGCAUCACACCCCUUGCAGAAGAUCUGACACAGAUCAUGUCAACAGAGGACAUACUGGAAACAGUGCCACAAUCACAUCAAUCUGUCCACAUGCCUGCAAAGCAUAUGGGAACAAGCCCCAAGGCAUUGCUGCCACCUACAGGGAAGCGUGCACGCUUCCUUACAGAGAAGGCAUAGGUGACAAUGAAGAUAUUGUUGAAGUCAACAAGGAUGGGCGCUGCAAGGCGGCUGUCCCACCCAAGAACAAAACCCCUGAAGAGGAGCUCACGCAAUUGAGCAAGGAAUGGUCUGUGCUGAUCUAUGCUUUCUACAAGCCAGAUGUCAGCAUCAAAGUCAACAAACAUGGGAAGCGCAUGCACCUGUUUUGGUUAGAUAAGAAGGAUAAGAAUUUGACCAGCAAUCUUUGCAAGCAUGUGAAGAAAUGCUUUGGCAAGGAAGCGCUAGCAUCUGCGGACACUCUUGGUAUUAUGGACAUGGAACAGGGACUGAAGGAGGUAUUCAGACUAUAG